UUCAAAUAUAUAAUUAGAUGUAAACCGUUAAUUUUAUAUGAUAGAUUUAGAAGCGAUGUAAAAUGAAAUAAUUAUUACUGAAUGCAGCGUUGUAAUGCUCUAUCUAACAUUAAUCUCGUUGUUUGUGUGAGUAAAGCGCGUCCACACGUGAAUGACUGAAGACUCUCAGAUCGUGAAUCAGUUUACAUUAAACACGAGUUCAGACACUGAGAAACUAUUCAAGGGACUUCUUAUUGAUGUGAUUUAUUCGACAGUUUGGGUUUAUUAGUCUCUCUGUUAAUGAUUCUCGUCUUAAACAGACAGAAAAGCUGCUGAAACAGCUGAGAUUCAUGACACAUUAUUAUAAAGAUGGCCUUUAUUAAAGAGGAGACUGAAGAUGUGAAGAUUGAAGAAGCAUUCAGACUGAAACAAGAAGAUACCGAGGAACAAACAGACCUGGUGCCGCUGAAAGAGGAGAGUCAAGAACUGAAUGAAAAGAAAGAACAAAAUCUGUAUGAAAAUUUAGAUUUCACAACUGGAGAAAAAACUUUUGGUUGCUCACUGACUGAAAAGACACCCACACAAAAUAGAAGUCCCUCCUGCAUUCUGUGUGGAAAGUUUUUCUCUAGCUAUGGAUACCUUGAAGUCCAUAUGAGAAUUCACAAAGGAGAGAAGCCUUUUACAUGCAAACAGUGUGGAAGGAGUUUCACUGCAAAAGGAAGCCUUAACAGACACAUGAGAAUUCACACCAGAGAGAAGCAGUUCACCUGCCAACAAUGUGGAAAAAGUUUCUCUAAUAGGGGACACCUUAGAGACCACAUGAAUGUUCACAAUGCAGAGAGACCUUUCACCUGCUCUCAGUGUGGAAAAGGUUUCGAUCAAAGAAACAUACUUAAAAAACACAUGACAUUGUACUGCGGACAGAAGCCUUACAUAUGUUCACAGUGUGGAAAGAGUUUUAGACAUGAAGCAACAUUUAACACCCAUUUGAGAAACCACACUGGAGAAAACAUGUUCGUAUGCAGUCAGUGUGGAAAGAGCUUCAGAUGUAAAGUAAAUCUUACAAUGCACAAAAGAGUUCACAUUGUUCACAAACCAGAUGGACCUGAAAUGUCAGUUGCAAUCCCGUCAGUAGCACACUAUUUUCUAUUUAAAAGGUAAUAUACUGUAGAAAACGAUGCAUUCUGGGCAUUAUCUUCCAUUUUCUGUGAUGCCAAAUUUACUGCGAAUUAAAGGGAACCUAUCAUACCCCCUUUUUACUAGAUGUAAUAUAACUCAGGCGUCCCCCAAAUGUGUCUGUUAUUCAGCUCAGAAUACCCCAUAGAUCAUUAUAUUAUUCUGAGAAUUACCAUUAUUGAGCGGAAGCAAAAACAUGCUAUUUUUGUGCAUGUCUUUAAAUGUAAAUGAGCUGUUGUUCCCCACCCCCUUCCCUGAAUAAGGUUAUGCCUUUACAGCUUACGUCUUGGAUAGGCUGCCAAAAUAUAACACAUAUUUGGUUUUGAUUCAUGGGUCCAUUCUUCAUACCUCGCUUAAUAUAUCUGAUUUGACAGAUGCCAGAUCUUUUAAUCAUGAUAAGUGAUCUCUGGAUGUUUUGGUUCUUCAAACAAUUUGGUGGAUUUGACUGAGAUCAGCAUUGUCUUUUAUAGGGGUGCUCCGAUUGAUCGGCUACCAAUCACUAUCGGCCGAUAAUCACGUUGGGAUGAUUAAUUGGCAGUCUCUAAAAAUGCCGAUCUCAA